CAGUCUACUCUAUGUUUCUCAAUCAAGGUUGUCAAAUGGUAAUGUACGUGUUUUGUUUUCUUGGGAGUAGAGGAUUUUUAAAAUGGAUUUUCAAGGGAUAUCUUAGCUUUUAAUAAGCGGACAGAGUUUGAUUUUAAGUAUCGCCUUAAAUAAAACUGUAAUUUGUAUAAAAAUUAUGACAGAUAAAGAAGAUGUCGACAAUAAACCUGAAAAUGUUCCUUUAGAUGACGAAGCCCUAGAGAAGUACGUAUUUCUAUGUAGGUUGGCUGUUGAAGAACUGAUACGAGAAGCUGUUCAAGGCGCCGCUAGAGCUGAAAUCGUUGGUCCGUCAGGUUGGGUUAAAGCCCCUCCUCAAAAAACCAACAAACGUUUUCUGGUGAAUACCAUAAGAAAUGCAGUAGGAUCCAAUAAAUAUCAUUUUAAGAGCCACCGCCGCUCUCAUAAGUCUCCAACAAGAGAGAGACGUUCUGAAUCUUCUAUUCACAAAGAUAAGUCAAAAAGAAAACGUUAAAAUGGAGAGUUAUGAUAUAGAAGAA